UUUCCUUAGUGUAUAAUGUUAGUUUCUCUGACUCUCAUCCUCGCCCUAUCGCCGCUCCUUGCUUUCUCCUACAACGUAGACACGAGUCACCCCAUUGUCUACAAAGAUCAGGAAUCUGGGGGAAAUGGAUAUUUCGGAUACACCGUCACCCUCCGAUCGGGCCAAAACUCUGCUGCCUCGGCAAGCAUCUUCAUUGGUGCGCCCGAAUACAUGAAGGGCGAGGGUGCCUUGUAUCGGUGCUCGAUAAAUGACGACAAAACACCGAGCGGCACGUGCCGAAGAUUGAACAUCGACCAGGCCUCCGUUUCAGGAGAGAUUCGUGUGCGGAAUCUUCCUUCUCUGAAAAUCGUACAAGUUGGGACCGUCGGGUGGCUUGGAGCAAGUCUUGCGACUCGAGAUUACUCGGACUUGACGGUCUGCGCUCCGCGUUCGUUAUUCAAAUACGUCGCAGAUGACGGCGAUGAAAGCUUUACACAAGGGUUAGUGGACGAUAUGCGUGGAAUCUGCUACACGCUGCCCGAAGCCAUCGGCGACACCCUUUACCGCGAUAACUCCGUGUUACCGCCUGAUGAACACUUGUUACAAAGCAUCAAUCUCAAUGCCCUUCACGGAUUCUCCAUCAACUAUGCUGCGAAAAAGGUCUCGAACACAGUCGAGCUAAUCAUAGGAAGGCCAAGGUUGAACAAGGUAGAAAUUCAUCACGAAAAUAAAACGGAGGUCAGAGUAUAUCCUGGUCUCGGUCCUGGCAAUUUAGAUCGUAUAUUAGCGAAAGCCGCAGAAGGUGCCAAUCUUGGCUACUCGGUCACCUCGGGAUACUUUUUCCGUCCUCAAGAGUUGGUCUUUGCCGCUGGAACGCCGGCGUGGAAUUUUACGGGCCAAGUCGUAGUUUACUUGCCGGGUACUGUGUGGGAAACAAAAAUCGACGGUUCCGUGCUUGGCGAGUACUUUGGCGCGAGUUUGGCGACGGGGGACUUUGACAACGACGGUCUGGACGACAUUGCCGUAGGCGCACCGCACUGGGGUGAAGUAGACUACGGUCGAGUCUACACAUUUUACGGGAACAAUAAGGGCGUUUUCAGGGAAGGUCUGAUGCUCCAGGGUACAUCAGAAUACGGACAGUUCGGUUACACCUUGGCCGCCAGUGAUCUGGACGGCGACGGUUACGCAGAUUUGGUGGUGGGCGCUCCGUGGGAGGCGUCCGGUGCCGUCUACGUCUUUUACGGCCAGCGUGAGUUCGGCACCAAAGAAGGAUGUACCCCGAUAAAACAACGAAUCUCGCCCUCGGAGUUUAAGAGCUCUGUAACCAUCCAGCGUUUUGGAUUCUCGCUCGCGCUUCCUGUCGACGUCGAUAACAAUGGGUAUCCCGAUUUGGCAGUUGGUGCGUACAAAUCUGGACACGCGAUUCUAUUGCGGAGUAAACCUGUCGUAAAGCUGACGCCUCGACUUGUCUCCUACUCACCUAUAUUGGACAGAUCCGCUCGUAGUUUUGUCAUCGGCGUCUGUGCCGAGUAUCAUGGAAAGGGAGCACCCGAAUCUCAAGUGCUCAGUAUCGAGAUCGCAGUGGAUGAAGAAUAUACGCGCAUUGAAAACGACGAAUCUAUGAAGCUUUUUACAACCCCGUUCUCGCCAGAUGAAAUAUCAACAUGCGUCAACAGAACGCUUUAUCUCGUGAGGGGAUUUAAAAAUUUUCUCGAACCAAUCGUCAUUCGUGGAAGGUUCAGCAUCAGCAACAAAAGUAGACAGGGGGAUAAAUUCUGCUCACAUUGUCCUGUUCUGAAUAAGGGCCAUAUGCUGGGGGAAGCAGAAUUAUUUGUACCUUUCAAUACCGGAUGUAAAGACGGCAAAGUGUGCAACUCAAAUUUAUCAAUCAGCUGGAUGGCUACAGGUGUCAGCAACAAUGAUCAAUGGGUUGUAGGAUCGGGCGACGUAAAUAUUGAUAUCCGAGUAACGAAUAACGGAGAGCCGGCGUUUCAAACGGAGAUCAUGAUCAAAAUGCCACCAGGAGUUCGCCUUCGAAAAGCGAUACCGUCCUGCGUGGAGACUAAAGAGGGAAAUUCCGUAGUUCUGGAAUGCGACGUCGGCAACCCUCUCUUCAAAGGGGAACCGAAAUCAUUAGCCGUCGAUCUUGAUAUGGGAGGAAUCGCAAGCUCUGCCGGAUCGACGAUUUUGCGUUUCACCGUUACUACGAAAACAUGGAGCGUUGAUCGCGGGGAGAAGAAAAGUGUUUUCUGUUUGCGACUCGAAAAUAGAGCUCACAUAACGCUGACAGGGGUGGCAAACGAACAAAACCACGAAUACGGAAAGACAGGGAAUAAUACGAAGCUGUCUAUUCGGCACACUUACCAACUUACCAAAAAGGGACCAUCGUCACUACCGAAAGUACACUUUGCGGUCGACGUGCCCGUCGCCAUUACCGACAAAAACGUUUCCAUUGUUCACAUUUAUCUUCCAGAGCUGGAUAGUUCUGGAAACAUGCACGAGUGCUCGAUCGUCGACACUGUAGAAUAUAGGAAAUCCAUUCUGCCAAAAUUGCUCAAUCCUCUGCAGCCGAUGAAGAGCCGCGGAAUUCCUGAGCUGAACUCUGAGGAAAAGAAGGAAGAGCAAGAAGUCGAUGCAACAGAUGAAGAAAUAUACUCCGGGGAGAAGAAAAAUGAAAUGUUCCAGGAGAGAAAGACGAGCAUUGACGGUCAAGGCACCGAUCGAACGAUUUAUGUGAAUUGUUCAACGGCGGGCAUAACGUGCCGCACAGUAAUGUGUGAUUUUAACAUAUCAAAAACGUCUGGAGACGUAGGAAAUUCGAUCCUGGAUAUGAUCUUUGACGUACAGCCAUUGUUCACACCCGACGAAAAAUCUUUCACCGUAAACUUUAGCACCGACGCGCGAGCACUGAUCAUUGAGCCGAUAUUAUUGGACACGAUGAAUGGUUCGCGCUUCGUAACGGCUAAAGCAUCGACGAUGCUCUACAACGUGCCGGAGGCUCAAGAAUUGUCAGGUUGGGUUUUACCAGUUUCGAUCGGCUUUGGUCUUCUGCUACUGGUAUUUCUGAUCAUCAUUUUAUUGAAAGUUGGUUUCUUCAACAGACCAAACAAGACGCGAACUGCGAAGACAAAAGAGAUGAGAUUGAAGUUGAACGGGGACGACGGUUAUAGUGAACUUGAUCUGUACGGUUAAGCGACUACAACGUACGGAGAUUCUCAGGUAAAAUGAAGAACCGUAUAAUGCACGACCGUUGUGGGCUGCAAAGGUAAAAAGGCUCUGUACUUGCCAUUUCACACUGCAGACUGGAAUUUGCAACUUGUGAUUUAAAUAAUUAAGUUCAUAUAUAUCUACAAUAUUUGUUCACCAGUUCAUCACGCACACGUCUACAUCCCUGAACUGAGGCUUCGUUAGGUAUCACAUAUUCGUAUAUACAUACACACA